GCAAGCAGUCCAGAGUUGGGAGUGUGUCAUCCACACAGGCUUGAGCCAGCUGGCGGGAUCAUGCGGCAGCGCCGAGGCUACAUUGGGAUCCUGGCUCCAUUCUGCGUCCUGCUCGUCUUCCUCCUGCUCACUCUCACUGCCUCGUACAAGCCUGUCAUUGUGGUCCAUGGCCUGUUCGACAGCCCCUCUGAUUUCCAGCUGAUGCUUGGCUACAUCAAUGAGACCCAUCCGGGGACCAACGUAACGGUUGUCGAUCUGUUCGACCGCACAGAGAGCCUGAAAUCCCUCUGGAUGCAAGUGGAGGGCUUUAGGCAAGCCAUUUACCCCAUCAUGCAGAAUGCUGUCGACGGGGUCCACCUCAUCUGCUACUCACAAGGAGGACUCAUUUGCCGCGCCCUCCUCUCGACAAUGGCCGAUCACAACGUGGACACAUUCAUCUCUCUCUCUUCUCCGCAAAUGGGACAGUAUGGGGACACCCAAUACUUGAAAUGGCUUUUUCCUGAGUACAUGAAAUCCAACCUGUACCGCUUGUGCUACACGCGUAUGGGCCAGGAUUUCUCCAUCUGCAACUACUGGAAUGAUCCACAUCAUCGAGACCUUUACCUCAACAACAGCAACUUCCUGGCUCUGUUGAAUGACGAGAAACUCCACCCCAAUGCAACUGCCUGGAAGAGAAACCUCCUGCGGAUCCGGAAGUUGGUUCUGAUUGGGGGUCCGGAUGAUGGAGUAAUCAUGCCAUGGGAGUCCAGUUUGUUUGCCUUCUAUGAUGAUAAUGAGACAGUGAGGGACAUGACAUCUCAGCCGGUCUACCUCCUGGACACCUUUGGUUUGAAGACCCUACAUGCUCGCGGUGACAUCACUUCCUACACAAUGCCCGGCGUUUUUCACACGUUAUGGCAUUCCAAUCGCACAGUUUAUGACAACUGCAUUGCUAAAUGGCUGACGUAGCUGGUGAUGGCCUGGGAAGAAGUGGGUGGAGGAGAGAGAGAGAGAGUCCUAAGCUGAGAUGUGCUCUGUUACGUCGUCUGGGCACUUCACCCACACAGAAGAAACUGUUACCUAUAGCUUUUCGAGGAUGAGUGGUAUUUUCUUUCAUAGUGGAAGAAACAUUUUUCUGCAGGAAUUUUUUGGUGGAGGCUGGAAGCUGUUUGGGGUUUGCAGAGUGCUGCAUCGGGGCGGGGGGAUGAAUGAGUCUUCUCUCUUUUGUCGGAUCUGAGCUUUAAAAGCUACAGGAAAAAACACAAAAGGACAAUUCAGCAGUAUCAGAUAUUUGAGAAGAGAUGUGGGGUUUUAGAAGUUGGUCAAGACUGAAAAUAGGAAAUUGAUUACAUUUAAAUGUAAUCAAAAGCGUUCGGUUGUUAUAUUUCCUAGUUCCUAACUUCUAGCAGAACUCUAUGCUAUGUGGAAGUUUGCAAUAUUCCCCUUUGAAAUGUUGACCCCUUGAAAAGGUUUGAAUUAUUUUGCCCCAAAUUUAGAAAAGUCUUUUAAAUGGAACAUCUUUAUCUUUUUCAUAUUCUGACUGUAACAGCCACACACACCCAUAAGGACCCAACACUUUUUAAGAGACAUCCAGAAAGCUAACAAAAGACUAACUCAGAGAAAGUUAGUUUGAUUAAGUUCACAGAGCUUUAUUUUAUUAUUGCCGAGUUAAUUUGCGUAGAAAACUCAAAUUCUUCCUUUUCUGUUUCACCGGAGAGAAUGGGUCAGUUUGUAGCCUUUUGACAAAAACUCCAGUUCCAUGGCAUUUUCAAAAUUAAGGGUAAAAUGUAUCGCCACCGAACCAUCAAACAGUUCAGUGUUCCAGUUUACAGUGUCUCUUUGUUUCCAUAGCAUAGUUAGAUGGUACUUCAGAGACUGUUCUUUCAGUAAUACGUUGAAAUGAAAGUUUUAAAUUAUUGAUAUAUGACAAUAUGUAUAUGUAUGUAUGUGUAUAUUUUUCUCUUCCUUUAGAAGCACAUUCUUAGAAACUCAGGAUGGCAACAGAAAAUCAGCAUAGACAGAGACAUUCAUAACCUGCUCUAGUUUCUAUUUUCUUUUUUUAAAAAAACAUUGAGGGGAGAAGAUUGAGGGGAGACAUGAUAGCACUCUUCAAGUACUUGAAAGGUUGUCACACAGAGGAGGGCCAGGAUCUCUUCUCAAUCCUCCCAGAGUGCAGGACACAGAAUAAUGGGCUCAAGUGACAGGAAACCAGAUUCCAGCUGGACAUCAGGAAAAACUUCCUGAUUGUUAGAGCAGUGUGGCAAUGGAACCAAUGACCUAGGGAGGUCAUGGCCUGCCCCACACUAGAGGCAUUCAAGAGGCAGCUGGACAUCUGUCAGGUGUGCUUUAAGGUAGAUUCCUGCAAUGAGCAGGGGGUUGGACUCGGCCUUGUAAGCCCCUUCCAACUCUACUGUUCUAUGAUUCUAUGUACUUAAACCAUCCACCAGUAAUUGUUAAGGGGCAGCUAGCUGUUGGCUGGUUUGGUGAGGCUUCCCCUUAGGUACCCUCCCACCCCACAACUCUUGUGGGGUGGGCAGACCUCAUAGCUUCACCUGUUACAGUAUUAACUCUUAAUUUCAUCAAGGUACAAUAGGACAUGCUCAAAAGGAUCCAGGUUUAACGCUAACCUCCGAUGUGAUAUGAAAAAGGAAAUCAGUAGAAUACAAGGCAGGAUGCACUUUAAGCUGAGCUUUGGGGCAUUUGGGAGGGACACUUAGUUUUUAGAAAUGAGAUGUCCUACUAAAGAGGUGCAGAACCCCCAGCCCAACGGCCAAAUCCUGCCUGCCUGGGGAGUCAAUCAAGCCCUCCAGGAAAUUCCCAGAUGGCCUUUCUCCCAACUACUGAUCUUUGGUGCUUUCCUGACUUUUGUGCAGUGUUCCCCCAUCCCCCCCAUUCUAAAAGGUUGAAACACCUCUUCGAAGUCUGUGCUCCUGGCAGUAAGAGUUUACACUACAAUAUGCUGGUAUUUUGGCCCCGCCUUCUUUGCCCCGCCCAAUUUUGCCUUUGGCCCCUGCCCACCAUUUGAAGACAACCUCUUAGAGGUUCUCCAAAAUGGCCUCUGGCCCCUGGGCUGAAAGAGGCUCUGCGCCUCUCUUCUACGACACGUUAUGCAGAAUGCGAUGAUAGCAUUCCGGACUAGGUGCAAAUUAAUGCC